GGGUCUUGCAGGCCGUCAUAUUGCUCAAGCCCAGCUGAUGCAGUCGUGCCUUGCUGCAGUGAAGACCUCCAUAUUGGUCCUUCAGAGGUCUCAGGACUUGCUCAGUGGAGCUCUGCAGGCAGAUCAGGACCUCAGGAAGCCAGAAGACAUGCUGGGCGGUCUUCUGAGCUGCUACAUCCACAUCCUGACUGAUGCGGACUUCAUUCAAUCCGUCCAGAGCACUGCAGGGAUGGCUAUGGUUCUGCUGAUUCGAACUGUCUUGUUAUCUGGAGACCAGGUGGCUUCUGUGGUGAGUUCUGAAACAAACCUGAAGUUCUGGGGAAGAAACAAAUUAAACUACCUUGUCUGCAGUUUACUAAGGGGUUCAGAUCAGGGUUUGGACUCAGCUCCUGACUGGCUGAGGCAGACCUGUGCCAGUCUGUGGUCCAGAAGACGCCAUCCAGGUGUCUCUCUGUAUAUUUGUCAUGGAGCUCUUGCCAUGUUGAACUGGAAAGGGGCCCUCGCAGGACCACAGUGGGAAGAACUGCUGCUGCUGGUCCCAGAGACUCUGCUGGACCUGGACGUCAGUGUAAAGGAGUCCAGCACCGCCAUGGUGGUGGCCCGGGGCCUGACCUUGUGGAGCAGUGCUGCUCUGGACUGUCUUCAGGAGGAGACACUUCUCUGUCCCCCCAGUCUCCAGAUGUCCCUGGGUGGAGGCUCUGAGCUCCAGAAACACCUGCUGGAGCACAUUUACUCCCACUGGGAACAUCCUCUGGAUGGAGUUCGCCAUCAGACCUGCACCCUGUUCCGGAACCUGCUCCUCCUACAUCAGCGCACCAUCAGAGACCCAGGAGAGGACCCAUACGUCACAGAGCUCACCUCCAGCCUGCUGAGCCUGCAGUGGCAACUGAGGGGGAAGUAUGGCUCUUUGGGCUGCCUGGUGGAGCUGUAUGGAGCCCGGUUCUUGCUGAAUGUCCAGCCCCAGCUGCCUUCAGACCUCCUGAGCCUGAUGGGGGACCAGACCCUGGCUCCGUAUGCCAGUGAUCUGCUGGAGAAGCUGUUCCUGAGCCACAAGGAGCAGCUGGAGGCUUUGUCAGGCUCUUCUGAGAACUGGCUGGAGCUGUGGCACCAAACUUGGGUGACCCCGCUGCUAAAUGUUCUGUGCCUCACAAAACCGGAUCAGAAUACCUACAUCCUAGACUACAUCCUGCCUAAGCUGCUUCGCUGCAGCCCAUCCAGCCUGGCCCACAUGAUGCAGGUUCUGCAGGAUCCUCUUCUCUGCAGAGCAGGUCCUUCAGGCAGCCGGGGGCCUCAGGGAGCCCUGAUCCUGUGUCUGAGAGCAGCCCGGACCCAGGGUGUGGUGACGUUAACCGACAGGGGUCAGUGGAGGGGACUGGUACCGGUCUCCUUGCUACAGCAGGCUCUGAUCCACAAACAGGACCAGGUGAGGAUGGACGCUCUGGGACUGGUGUGUGAGAGCCACCGGAGCACAGAGGUUCUGGCCUCACAGGAAAUGGACCUGAUCCGCCACUUCCUUCCAGCGAACCUUAACAACCAAUCAGCGGGCGUAAGGCAGCAGAGUGUCGGCCUCAUGAAGAAGCUACUCUGCAGAGUCAGAGACAGCACCCAGCUGCUGCAGAAGAGACUGCUCCAGGACCAGAUGGACCAGGACCAGAGGGACCAGGACCAGCAAACCCUCCACAGAUACCGGGAGUUCCUGCGCUGGCUGGUUGAGGAGCUGCUGGAGGAGCUGCUCCCUGGAGCUCCGUUCUCCAAACUCCUCGUGACGCUCAACUUACUGAACCUGCUGGCUCAGACCUUCACCUUCUCUGCUGAGCCCGAUGUCUUCGCUCUGGGUGAGAUGGUGACUCCUGCACAUGCCCAGAACAUCCUCUACUGCGUGGCCAGCAACUUCCUCGAAGUCAAGCAACUGGCAACAUCGUUACUGCAGCAGGUUCCUGCAUCUGCGGUUGGACUGCAG